UUACAAAAGGAGAAAUUCCUCAUGAUCUCUUCCUAAGCCGGUCAACUGCGGAAGGAUUAAGGGUGACGCUCAAAUCUGCUCAUGAGCUGUCAAUCUUCCUGUUGAAAAAGUGCGAUUUCAGGUAUGUCCUGACCGGAAAAAUGAAUCAGGACCCGUUGGAAUGUUUUUUUGGUGUGAUUCGACAAGCGGGUGGCCAAAACGAACAUCCAACUUUCCCAACGUUCUUGCAACUGUACCGUAUGCUGUCGCUUUACUCCCUCCUGAAGCCACCGCGGUUUGGUAACUGUUCAGCUUCCGAGAAAGAACAGUACGGCGUUGUGACCUUGGCUGACUUAAAGAACGCAUAUAACAGCUCGGCAUCGAAGGAACUGAACAAGCUGGACCAGCUGAAAGAGCGGCUCGACGGCCUAAUCGACGAAGGGAGCUGGGAGUGCGAUGAAGUGUUUGAGUAUGAUAAUAACGAUGCAAGUGUUGUUGAGUGUAUAAUUUAUUAUGUUACAGGGUUUGUAUCCAGGAAAAUUUUCAAUCAGACCUCCUGCACUACGUGCAAGAAAGCACUGGAGGGUCAGAAAGGCUCGUCAAAGGUGCCCGAAGCUGAGCUUGUUAAUUGCAAAACAAGGGGCAGACUCACGCAUCCUAACAUGCACCUCUAUCGGCUUUUCAUGGAAGCUGAAGAACAUUUCUCUAAAUACGCAAAUCUGGGAGAUGCCUACGACAAAACAAUUGAUGCUGUACUAGAGAAGUUCACUUUCACUUUCCCUUGUACUAUCCACAGGGAGGACAUUCUCGCCAAGCUACUCCAUUAUUAUAUAAGCCUUCGUAUGCGUCAAUACUGCCGUCAGUUGAAGCGCAAGCACGUUGAAAAAGGCCAGGACUUGCGUAAAAUGUCCAAACUUGUGUGA